UUUUCUUUGGUGGAGGAAUUGGAAGAUUGGGACACGGUGGCAAAUGACAGCAUGGCACUGCUGCUCUCAGCCCUAAGCUUGAAGCACCCGGACGAAGCAGAUGGGUGCUGGCGAAUCCCUGGCGACAGGGGCACGCAGUGGCUGCUGCACGCGGUGGGGAUGCUUGCGAAGAUGGUGUGCGAGCUGACUGUCUGUGACGAUUCUACGGCUGUGGAUGGAGGCGAGGGAGUUAUGAGGGGGUGCCUUGGCCCAAAGCACAAGCGGCGGAAAGAGACAGGCGCGGUACAAGCAGGGCAGAAUGGACACGGGUGGAUGAGUGAGAAGGAAGGGACAGGGGAGGAAGGCAGGGCGAGGGUUGAUUGGGAGGGAAAGAGGGAGCAUGGUAGCAGAAAAAACAAUGGGCAAGGGGAAGGAUUUGAGCAGGAUGGGGUCAGUUGGAGGCAUGAAGGGAGUGUGGAGCAUGCGAGCUUCCCCUUGCCGCUGCCCUUGAUGCCGGGCGUGCUGGUGCCCGAUCCAAACGAUCUGCUUUGGUGGCCGACGGAGGCUCGGAACGAACCAAGCGGGUACGGUUUGGUGAUUCAGCUACGGAGGAGAGUCAGGGGGUACUAGUGAAGGUUAGUAACGCAGCUGUAAGGAAUCAAUACCUCCAUGGGAUGAAUUUCAAAAGAUAUAUGCAACUGGUGAUUUGGUGACUAAUUUAAGACAAACUACCUG